GCUAGCGGAGAAUAGGUGGUUUGGCUAUUGUAUCUGCGCCAGAAUCAAAUUGUGGCAUCAGCGAACUGCAACGCAAACAAAUGAUAAUUAAGAUUUGGGUGAAGCAGAAUUGCAAGAACGCAAAGUUGACUGGUUUUGUAAGUUUUUAAAGCUGAUUUAUGAAUUGAUAUGAACAAUAAAUAAUUCAAAAUGGUGAUGAGAAAGUGUUUUAGAAUUCUGGUGGGGCGUUCCCGGCCAAUAUUCCCGAUUGCGAUGGGGAUUUGUUUGGGAAUCACGCUGAGUCUUCUUUGCUCCCCUCUGCUGGAAAGCAAUUGUGGAUUGGAGAAUUUAGUUGCUGUCAGAACUGGCCGUAAAACUCACACAAUAUUCUAUGGAACUGAUGAACAUGGGAAUAUGCUGAGUGAAGACGAUUUUGAGCCUAUUUUACGCGUGGAGGAAAAUCCAACGGACAGAGUCGUCGAGAAACGACGUGUCGUCCGAACACGUUUCAUAGCAACCGAGCUGGGCAUCAAAGAAAAAAUGUUUGUUGCGGUUGUGGUCUCCCGUGGUGAGAUCCAUUCGGAAUCUAUGACGGUUGGCAUCAAUAAAACUCUUGCUCAUUUGGUGAAUAAAAUCGUCUUCUUCACCCGCACAACGCCAGACCCCAUGCCAGCAGGAAUGACUGUCGUCACUUUCGAAGGAGAUCAAGCGAUCAUGCGAACAUUCCAGAUUUGGAAGUACAUUUACGAUCAUUUCGGAAAUGAUUAUGACUGGUUCUUUGUGAUGUCAGAUGACACUUACGUCUUUGGAGAAACUCUAAUUGACUUUGUUAAUCAUAUCAGUAUUGGCAGAGAUAUCUACAUGGGUAUACCAACUCGUGAAGAAGACAUGGAAAUCACUUAUUGUCACAAAGAAUCUGGUUACUUGGUUUCUAAGAAUCUUCUGAAUAAGGUUGGGGAGUACUGGGAGGAAUGUAUGCAGAAAGCUUGGAGUAGUCUGCCUGACCUGGAAGUAGCACGCUGCAUCAAGGAACACAGUGGAGCGCACUGUGUAGACAACUAUGAGGGAACAACCUUCAAGGCACUCAACUUUCAGGACAAGGUCUUGACUGCAAAAGACAUAAAGGAUAAGAAACUGAAGGAAGUUCUCACUGUGUUCCAUGUGAUGGAUCAGCGCAUCAUCUACAAGCUACACAAAUACUUCACUGAGGUAUCCGUCAACCGGUCCUACGCUGAGAUAGCUCGUCUGCAGCGUGACAUCCAGGUGACCAGUCAGUAUGCACCAGGAGGAAAGGCAAGCAUCACAUGGCCAAUCGGUAGACAACCUCCCUUCAAGGCUCAGUCUAGAUUUGAUGUCUUUGGUUGGGAGUAUUUCACCAUGACUCACAUCUACGCUAUCACUGAUAUUGAGUCCAAGGUGCCUCUUACCGGAGCACAUAAGCAGGACAUUGAUGAGAUCGUCACAACAGCAAUGGGGCAGCUCAAUGAUAAGUAUGAGAAGGCAUUCACGUUAGGUCGGUUGGUCAAUGGAUACAGGCGAUUUGAUCCUACGAGGGGGAUGGAGUACACCUUGGAUCUAGAACUCAAGAUGACGGCUCAGAAGAAGACCAUUCAGAAACGAGUCCAUCUCUUGAGGCCUCUGAACAAGGUGGAAAUCCUUCCUAUGCCGUACGUCACAGAAUACACCCAGGUGACCAUCAUUAUACCUGUAGUGGCCAGUAAACAGGAGCAGGUCAAGACCUUCCUGGACAUCUACACCAAGGUGUGUUUGGAAUCCAAGGAGAAGGUAGCUCUCAUGCUCAUCUUCAUCUACAACCCUGUCCAGGCACGCUCAAUGGCUACUGAUGAUAUCUUUGGCGUUGUCAAAGGUCAUGUUUCAUACCUUGAGAGGAAGUACACAGGUGCUCACAUCUCCUGGUUGAGUGUGAAGACAACCAUGCCAUCUCUGAUUGCACUCAUGGAUGUCAUCUCCACCAAGUUUGCUUCAGAUACCUUGUUUUACGUCACUAACGUCCACCUUGAGAUCAACAAUGACUUCUUGAAUCGGGUUCGUAUGAACACCAUCGCAGGCUGGCAGGCAUUCUUCCCCAUCCCAUUUGCUCAGUUCGACCCAGAGAUCAUCUAUGCAGACUCUCCUAACCCUGGUACAAUCGAUAUCAGCAAGCAGGUCGGUCGCUUCGAUGACAGUUCCUACGAGCAUGCAGCAUUCUACAACUCAGACUACAAGACGGCUCGUAAGCUGUGGGACGAGAAGCAUCCGGGUGUCGGGACGGACCACAUCCAAUCCGAUGAGGAUUUGUUCGAUAUGUUCUUGAACUGUAAGCUUCAUGUCUUCAGAGCCGUAGAUCCAGCCAUGAAGCAACACUAUCAGAAGAGAGUAUGCAGACCGACCAUGACAGAAGAUCGCUAUCACAGGUGUCUGGCCAGCAGAGCUGAUGGCCUGGCAUCAAGAUCUCAGCUAGCUGUUCUGAUAUUCCAACAGCAACAGCAGCUGAAGCAGCAGCAAAGGUUGUGAAUAGAAUUUUAAAAUUGCAAUAUUUAAUGUUAUUGUAAAUAAGGAAUUAUAAAGAUGUUCAACUCACCAUCAACCACUGUCAAAAACAUAAUUUGGUUAGAGCAUGCAAAUGUUUGAAUGUAUGACUGUUUGGUUUUGUGUCCCUUAUUGAGUCUGUACUAUCACUGUAUCAGUAUAUCACCAAUGUUGUGCUUAAAUCUUUGGACAUGUCAAUCUUCUUUCCCAUCCCUGUGAUGCCAGGGAUGAUGCUCAGGCUCCAUUGUACAGUCAGUGUAAGGGGUUACAAAUGAUUUACUCAAGGUAAAAUUAGUUUGGCACUAAUCUAACCUCAAGUUUAAGUUUUUAUGAAAGUAUAGUACCAUUUCAUGUUGUUCUCUUUUCUUUGUUUUGCUUUAGAGAAUUGAAUAGAGGAAAAGAGCAAUUGGUGCUUCUUUGUACAAAUGUUCUCAAAAUUUCAAGCAAAACUUGUCAGCAAUGUCAUGUUCGUGAAGAGGACUCCUGUAUCAAUUUUGAGCAAGGCAUACAAUGUAUGCAGUUAACUCUGUUUAAUUCAAGUCUGUUGUGACCACACAAAAAUAAUUUUACAUACUGUAUACACAUUUUUACUUAGGAAGUGUAAAUAAAAACUUUUGCAUAGUGAAGAUUUUCUUUUUUUUAAUAAUGAUUCAAUACUGAAAAUUUGACUUGUGUGACUAACAUUUUUGCUGAAGUUACUGUAGUUCCUUCUUGUAAGUCCCCAUUGUCGGUUUGAAACAGAAUGUACUCACUGUUUUAUAAAAGUUAUACAAGUGUAGACUAGGAGUUGAUCUUGAGUUGAAUAUUUGACAAAUAUAUUUAUACCUACCGUAUUACCUAACCUAUCAUUGGUCAGUAAGCUAAUGCACAUACUUGUAAAUAUCACAAUGUUCUUAAUAAAUUAUGACUGUUUUAUAUUAUUGUAGUGUCACUCAGCAAUCAAUAAUGUAAAUUUUCCCUGUGAUUGGACAACCGGUACCUUGAUUUUUAUACAUAAAGUUCAACUGUGAAGGGGUCCUAGAUCGGCUCGUCAUCAUGUACAUUACAUGUACAUGUAGUAUGCAAAACAAAACUUUGAGGCAAUUGAAUUGAUGUUAAGGAAAGUGUUUUGGAGACCAGUGUAUACAGUGUAAGGCAAGUUAGAGAGUCAUUUUGAUAUGCACCCAAUAUCAGUGUGGUGUACGUUUGCUAAUGAGUUGUAUAUCGGUUCAUAUAAAUCAAGCCUGAUAAUUUCCUAAUUUAAAUCGGUUUCCUGAUUUUUUUAUCUCCAAAAAUGGAAAGACAGUGAUGUAAAUCCAGUUUAAAAAUAGGGGGGUGGGUAAGGUGCCAUUUUUUUCAUGACUUGCUUGAAAGCCUCGCGCAUGCGCUCGAAUCUAAAACCUUUUUUGUUUAACUCACUAUCUCCCCUGAUAUAAAUCUGUCACAUGAGGCUGAAUACCUGUUAUCCUGUGAGUCAAAAUAGCUGGCUGCAUAUUACAAAACAAUAUAAUUAUGCAAGGGUAUUGAAGCAUUGUUUCAUAUUCGAUAUGCUGUGCAAAAGCUGAAUAUUUAUACAUGAGCAUUGAAAGUAACUUAUUGACAAUGACAUGCAAACUGUUGACAAAGUUGCUUGUAACAUACUGCAAAUAUGUUGUCCCUAUGCAUCUUUUAAUAUUCUAAAUAUUUUGUUAUUUAUUUAUAAAAACUCAGUAUGCAAUAUUAUCUAAUGCAGGUUUGAUAUAAAUUGCUAUAAAUUAUAGAAGCACUAGUAAAGCAAGCCAAAAUAAUUGCACUAUUUCAAUCUGUGUUGUGUUGUAGUACAUGUACAGGGUAAGGCUUGUUACAUGUAGGUAACCAUUUUGAAGGGACUUGCAUGUAUAUAAGCAUUACUAGCUUUGAAUUAGCAACACCUAAUGAUAAUCCUCUGCAAACCAAGUCGAUGUGCUGGUGCCCUUUUAAUUAAGGCACUAAUCUUCCUCCAUAGUUGCUUACUUACAAGCAUGUAUACUGUAAUUGCUUUCUUGGCAGUCAGUUUGAGUAAAUCAACAUCGCGUGAUUGCAAUUGAAGUAAUGCAGUUUUGGUUUACAAUUUAAGCAUUAAAAUUCAUGUUAUUUAAAUGUGUAGUUUUCUACAAGUAAUGUGUGUGGUAUUUGAUAUGUUAUACGUAAUGUAGGCUACAAAAUACAAAUACAUCAUGUUUGUACCUGUACAUAAAUAUAUCAUAUUUUUACCUAGAGACUAUUUCCUGUAGUAGGCUUUUUACAUUUAUCAAUCACCAAUAGACUUUAAGUGCAUUUGCUCUCUAUUUUUGUACAUCUCAAUCAGUGACUCAGAUCUAUGUUGUUUGAUACCCAAAGCUUUCAUCGCAACUCUUCUUAUCAUCAUGUGUAAUCCAAUGUUGCUCUAGCUUUUAAUGAUGCAGAUCAUAGUGAAAUGAAAUUGUAAUAAAAUUGUGAUAAAAU